AUGGAGAAGUUUCAGGCUGCGAUGCUGCUGGGGGCCGUGGGCGAUGCCCUCGGGCACGGACACGCCUUCAGGGAGGACAGCGCCUCGGGCCCCAAGGUCCAGAAGGAGCUGGGAGAGGUGGGGGGACUGGACCACCUCGUGCUCUCGCCAGAGAAGUGGCCGGUGAGUGACAACACCAUCAUGCACAUGACGACAGCAGGGGCGCUGGUCACAGACUUCUGGUGCCUGGACGACCUGUACCGUGAGAUGGUGCGGCGCUACGUGGACGCGCUCGAGAAGCUCCCAGGGCAGCGGGUAGACCCGGCCACCAUCGAGGGCUGCUCGCAGCUGAAGCCCGACAACUAUCUCCUGGCCUGGCACACACCCUUCAAUGAGAAAGGCUCCGGGUUUGGUGCUGCCACCAAGGCGAUGUGCGUGGGCAUGCGGUACUGGCAGCCGGGGCGGCUGGAGACGCUGCUCGAGGUCAGCCUGGAGUGCGGCCGGAUGACGCACAACCAUCCCACAGGCUUCCUCGGGUCCCUGUGCACGGCCCUGUUCGCGUCGUACGCCGUUCAGGGGAAGCGUCUGGAGCAGUGGGGACGAGACAUGCUGAGGACGGUCCCGCUGGCCGAGGAGUAUUGUAAGAGGACCAUCCGGCACCUGGCAGAAUACCAGGAGCACUGGUUUUACUUUGAAGCUAAAUGGCAGUUUUACUUGGAGGAGAGAAAAAUCAGUGAGGACACGGAGAAUGAGGCCAGCUUUCCCGACCGCUACAACGCGGAGGAGAGGGACAAGACCUACAGGAAAUGGAGCUCGGAAGGUCGAGGGGGCCGGCGGGGCCACGACGCCCCCAUGAUUGCCUACGAUGCCCUUUUAGGAGCCAAGGGCAGCUGGACGGAGCUCUGCCACCGGGCCAUGUUCCACGGAGGUGAGAGCGGGGCCACGGGGGCCAUCGCCGGCUGCCUGUUUGGGCUGCUGCACGGCCUGGACGCCGUCCCCGCGGGCCUGUACCGCGAGCUGGAGCACAGAGAGACGCUGCAACACCUGGGCGAGGCGCUCUACCGCCUGUCCACGGAGGAGAAGUAAAGCCCCCCCCUCCCCCAGCCCCUGCCCAGCUCGCUCUGGGGCCCCGGGGGGCCACCCGCAGCUCACGCGACAUCUUAACUUUUCCUCCCGAUUGCAGAGGCCUAACUGCUGUAUAAAACACAUCAUCUGUCCUAUGAGAAUAGUCUU